AGCUGUGCGCACUUUUGGCAAGCCAGGCUGCCCAGACUGGAGCGCAAGCAAGGACCGCAAGAGAGAGAGAUAUUUUUUUGUGUGCAAAAAGGGAAGCCAGCCCAAAACUCUUGAAAAAGACUCAUGUUUGUUUGCCCUUUCUCAAUGACGUCGUGUCCUGAGCUGUUCCCCUCCCUCUCCCUCCCUCCCUCUCUUUAGGCCCCCCUUCUUUGCCCUGAACAUCUUGGGAAGCCACCGUUCAGCUGCACCGCUGGGAUAAAACCGCUCAAGCCGCCGGCAGACUGGGGCAUUGCUGUCGAGAGAUGGCCAAGCUGUGGACUUCUUCUCUCCUUCCCGGAGCCCUCCUCGUCCUCCUGCUCUCCAGCCUCCCGGCUUCGUGGCAAGGAGGGGUCCCAGGUGCAGGAGUCGGGGGUCCUGGAACAGGCUUCUACCCUGGAGCGGCUGGCGUGGGAGGCCUGGGGGGACUUGGCGCCGGACUCGGCGGUCCAGGCACCGGCGUUGGCGGACUCGGGACCGGAUUGGGCGGCACAGGAUUAGGCGCAGGAGCCAAACCUCCGAAACCAGGGGUCGGAGGUGCUGGAGCAGGACUAGGUGGACUUUAUCCAGGAGGAGCUUAUCCAGGAGGGGUCUAUCCAGGUGCCGGGACCUCCGCGGCGGCGGCGGCAGCUUAUAAAGCCGCCGCCAAAGCAGGUGCUGGGCUUGGUGGACCUGGCGCCGGCGGAGGUGGCCUCCCUGGGGUUGGCGUUGGCGUUCCUGGAGGCGGCGUUGGUGUGCCAGGAGGUGGAGUGAUCCCACAAACCGGGGUGCAACCAGGAACCGGCGUUGGGGCCAAGCCUGGGAAGAUCCCUGGAGUCGGGAUACCUGGCGUCGGGAUCCCAGGUGUCUUCCCUGGAGGUGUCCUCCCUGGAACAGGGAUCCGUUACCCUGGGGUAGGGGUCUUACCAGGGGUGCCAACGGGAACCGGCGUCAAGCCCAAAGUCCCAGGUGCAGGAGGAGGCGCUUAUGCUGGGAUCCCUGGUUUUGGAGGCUUUGGUGGCCAGCAGCCAGGACUCCCUCUAGGAUAUCCGAUCAAGGCCCCCAAACUCCCAGGCGGCUAUUAUGGGUCACCGUACGGUGGUGGGAAGCUACCUUUUGGUACUGGACCUGGUGGAGUCUUUGGUGGGGCUGGAGGAAAGGCCGGGUACCCAACUGGUACAGGCGUAGGAGCCCAGGCAGCCGCUGCUAAAGCAGCCGCGAAAUAUGGCGCUGGGGUCGUACCUGGGACAGGUGGGACGCUUGGAGGAGGUUUGGUACCCGGCACUGGUGCUGUUCCCGGAGGAUUAGCCACAGGGGUUGGUGGACCUGCCGCCGCCGCCGCUGCCGCUGCAGCAGCCAAAGCCGCCGCCAAAGCCAGAGCAUACGGCGCUGGAGGCAUUCCUGGGGUUGGCGUUGGCGGAGUUGGGGUCCCAGGCGUUGGGGUCCCUGGGGUUGGUGGCAUUCCUGGCGUCGGACCUGGCGUCGGAACCAUCCCCGGAACAGGAGUAGGAGGAGUGAGUCCCGCAGUGGCAGCCAAAGCAGCGAAAUAUGGUCUGCAGCCAGGUGGUGUUGGGGGUGUCCCAGGAGGAGUUGGAGUUGGUGGCGUCCCAGGCUUGCCAGGUGUGCCAGGUGUCCCAGGAGCUGGGACCUCGGCGGCGGCAGCCGCGGCGGCCGCUAAAUCAGCAGCAAAAGCUGCGGCGUAUGGGACAAGAGGAGUAGCCCCUGGAUAUGGCGGGAUUGGAACCGGUGGCCUUGGAGUUGGAGGGAUUGGAACUGGUGGCCUUGGCACCGGUGGGAUUGGAACUGGUGGCCUUGGAGCCGGAGGCGUUGAUCCAAGAAGCCCAGCAGCCGCCGCUGUAGCUGCAAAAGCAGCCGCCAAGGCAGCGAAAUACGGAGCUGGUGGAGCCAGAGGCCUGGUUCCUGGGGCAGGAGUCGGUGGUGUGGUGCCAGGCGUUGGAGGCGGCAUUGGCGGUGGCGGCGGUCUCGUGCCAGGUGUUGGCACAGUCCCUGGAGCUGGAGUACCUGGGACCAUUGGUGCGGCGGCAGCGGCUAAAGCGGCGGCAAAGGCAGCUAAAUACGGGCGCGGAGGCGGAGUCGUCCCAGGGGGCGGAGUCGUCCCAGGGGGCGGAGUUGUUCCAGGAGGCGGAGUCAUCCCUGGGGGCGGAGUCGUCCCAGGUGGAGGAGUCGUACCUGGAGGUGGCUUCCCUGGCGUAGGCAUCCCCCAAAUUGGAGCACAGCCUGGAGCCAAGCCUCCUAAAUACGGUGUCCCUGGAGCUGGACUGGGUGGCGCUGGCGUGGCAGGUCUUGGUGGACGAGGCGGUGGCUUCGGCGUCCCCGGCGUCGGAGGCGGUGGUUUCGGGGGCGUUGGAACUGGAGGCCUGCCUCCCGGUUUGACAUACCCAGGCGCUGGGGGCAAACCACCCAAACCAGGUCUUGGUACUGGAUCGUACGUCGCUAACGGAUUGGGCCCUUUUUCUCGAGGCGGCUACGUACCCGGCUACGGCGGAAAGCCCCCCAAACCCUACGGAGCCCAAGGAGGACUGGGAUACGGAGGAGUGAGUCCGGCGGCAGCAGCGGCUGCAAAGGCAGCAAAAUACGGUGCCCUUGGACGCAGACGGAAGUAGCCCUGAUCGACCGCCUACCAUUCACCUCAUGAACUUUGGUGCUACUGCCUGGUCUCGAAUGUACUCCCGUCCACCACCAUCACCACCACCACCGCCGUCCUGAGAAAAAGCCACCCAAACGAUGCCCACCGCCACCCUCCCAUGCCAUGCCCUCGCUCCCCAUGCCAGCCCACUGAGCCCCUUCCCUCUGUCGCCGGUGCUACUCUGACCAUCCUGGGGAGGAAAGCGCCUUCGCCAUCCCCUCCCCGGGGCUCCUUUUGGUGCUGCGGCCGAGGAGGGCUGCUUUCGGAGGGAUGGGGACUUUCUUUUGGGGGGGGGGGGUUGCCCAAGCACUUUAAGCCCCUGUUUCCGAACCCUGUGCCCAGACACACCAGCCACUCAUUCACUUGGCUCUGUGUGCCCCUCAAGUCCCUUUCUGGUGCCCUUGUUGGGGUCCGAACCAUAGAAUAGUAGAAUCCGAGAGUCGGAAGGGACCCCCAAGGUCCAUCCAGCCCAUUUCAAAACUAAGAAGGAAUCCUAGGGACGACCCCAUUCUGCCAUGCCAGAAUAGAUUGAAUAGAUCGAACCCUAGCGUUGGAAGGGACCCAAGGGCCAUGAGGUCCAACCCCAUUCAGCCCUUCCGCCAUGCCCUCCAUCCAAGCCCUCCCUGUGACAGAUGUCCAUCCUCUGUUUAGAAGGAAUCCUAGCAUCCUUGGCCUUUUCUGGCCAUGCGCUCUUCCCUUCCAUGCCAGGAGCAGCUCCGCCGGGCCUUUCGGUGCCAAUGGGAUCUGCCUUAAUCCCAUCGCCACAGCUGGCACUCUCUCUCUUCGCCCAGCCAACCCAACCCACGCCUGGCAUCCUUGACGCCCGGGCACCAGCGUCGCGCUGGUUUCAGAUCUGAGCCGAACGGGGCCGCGCCGCGCCAUCCCUUCCCUUCCCCUCCCCAUAUCCUUCCAUGUCUUCCAUGUUUUUAAUAACCGCUCCGAUGUACCUGGGAUGGGACACUUCUUCAUCUGUUUGUUCGUUUGUCGUUGUCGUUUUUAAAAUAAAGAAGAACAGUAAACUUGCUUUCCAAAAAAAGAAGAAAUAAUAAUAAUAAUAAAAACCAAAAAUAAAAUGGAAUUAAAUAAUUAUAAAAAACUGACUAAUAAAUAACUUUUU